GUUUCCUGAAGGGUGAUUUCUUUCAGAACACAGCCUGAGCCUUUUGCCAGUGAUUCACAGCAGCCUCACCUUCUGGGUGCUCUAUAUUUUUAAACCACACACACCCAAAUACCCAGCUAAUUCCCAAAAGAGAUACCCCAAGGUCUCCAAAUCAAAAUCCAAAAGCUUUAAUUUUCAAGCUUAGGAAAUGGCUUUCUGUCUCAGUAAGAUACCUAUGAUGCUCUUGAUGGCUUACCUUCUAACAUGUCAAGAUAUAGCUGCAGCGAACAGUAAUCUAACGGGAUCACCAACCCAGAGGAGAUCAAGAAGACAAAUUGGAACACCCACUCAAAUUAACUGUCAGCUAAGCCAGUGGUCACAAUGGACUGAAUGCUUCUCUUGUCAGGAAAGAAAGUACAGAUAUAGAACACUACUACAGCCAUCCAAAUAUGGGGGUAGUGGAUGUCUGGGUGAUCUUUGGGAUGCAGCAGCAUGCAAGCCAGCGGAAACGUGUGUCAUGAAUGAGGACUGCGGAGCUGAUUUUUGGUGUCGGGAGACUGGCCGCUGCAUUAAACGCCACCUUGUAUGCAAUGGGGAGGCAGAUUGUAGGGAUGAGUCUGACGAGGCUGAUUGCGAGGAUCCCGAAAGACUGUGUGAUGAUCUGGAUCCGAUCCCAGGGGUUUUCAGACUAUCACAAGGAUACAAUAUCCUUACACAGAGUGGAGCACAAAUUGUCUAUGAUCCAAGGUACUUUGGGGGCCAGUGUGAAUCUGUCUAUAAUGGAGAAUGGCGAGAACUGAAGUAUGAAGCUGCAUGUGAACAUUUGUACUAUGGGGAUGAUGAGAAAUAUUUUCGGAAACCAUAUAAUGUCCACUUGUAUCAGUUCCUAGCACAUGCUGAUUCUGGCUUUUCUUCAGAGUAUUUUGAUGAUGCCACGGAUUUACUGAAUGCUCUAAAAAAAGACAAGUCUAGUAGUUUUGGUAUGACAGUCGGCAUAGGCCCAGCUAAUGUGCCUGCAUCUUUGGAACUAGGCUUUAGUUUAUCACGAGGUCAGGGGUCCCUGAGAAAUGUUACUCAAUAUGCAUCAAAGAAUUUGGGAUUUAUUCGAGCACUUACCAAAGUGCAAACUGCCCGUUUCAAGAUGAGAAGAGAUGACGUAGUCCUGGAUGAAGACAUGCUUCAGUCUCUAAUGGAGCUCCCUGAUCAGUACAACUAUGGAAUGUACUCCAAGUUCAUUGAUGAGUAUGGCACCCACGUCAUGACGACAGGGACAAUGGGAGGCAUCUUCGAAUACAUCCUUGUAAUUAACAAAGAAGAAAUAAGGAAAGCAGAAAUUAAAGAAGACUCAGUAAGCUCCUGCUUUGGUUUAUCAAUUGGCUUAAACUUUCCAUUUGAGUUCUUAAGUGCCAAGGCAGACUACAGCAACUGCAAAUCUAGUGGAACACAAGAAAAAGAUACUGAGAGUACAAAGGCAUUCAUACACGACAUUAUUCCCCGGAUUCGAGGUGGAGAUUCAGCAUCCAUCGGCAGGCUCAUGGAAACCUCGAAUGCCAAUGCAUACCGUUACUGGGGGAGGUCAUUAAAACUUAAUCCCACUGUUAUUGAUUUUGAGCUACAGCCCAUAUAUGAGCUACUGCGGAGGACCAACCUUGCCCACAUUGAAGCCAAAAGGCAAAAUCUGAAAAGGGCUUUGGGUGACUACCUAAUGGACUUCAAUGCCUGCCGCUGUGGCCCCUGCCAGAACAAUGGCGAGCCGAUGCUGAUGGGGGCCACCUGUGUGUGUGAGUGCCCACCUGGUGCAGAGGGACCAGCCUGUGAAAACACAAGGCGAACAGGUCUCCCAAUACAUGGUAGCUGGAGUUGCUGGACUCCAUGGGGUCCUUGCCAAGCUGGAUCCAGAAGGCGUUCAAGAUACUGUGCAAACCCAGCUCCUGCCAAUGGUGGAAGAAGCUGUGCAGGCAAGGAUGUCCACCUGGAGGCCUGUUAAUGAGCUGAGAAAUGGAUCAAACAGGCAGAUGUAGGCAUGAACUCUGAUUCACAUACAAUGCAAAGCACUGGGCCAUAAAUAUGUAUCAAGUUAAUG